AUGUGAGCGUCACGCUGAGGUUAAGAGCGUGAAGAGACUCACAAACCGCGAUUUUUUUCAUCCACGCUGUCUUCAGUACGUCGGCCGCAACCUCGCAUCCCUUUGCUCCGCCUCAUUGGUGCUACCCCAUCUCAUGCCUUCCUUUUUUCAUCUCUCUCUCUCUCUCUCUCUCUCUCUCUCUCUCUCUCUCUCUCUUUCGCUCGCUCGCUCGCUGUCUUUCUCAGCUCCAGGCCCAUUGGUCGCUGCUUUCAACCAUUAUCUCCUUCUCUGGCUGUCUGUGCGUUUCUCUCCUUCUUUCCCGCGCGCCGUCUUCCUUUAACCCGCGAAGAAUGAUUGGCAUACAGGAGACCAGAGGAACUUGCCAGCGCGAGUGAGGAAGAGAGAUAAAGAGCGAGGGAACGAGGAAAAUACAACCAGGAGACAGAACAAAAAGUUGAGAGACUGAAAAUGAAAUCUGAGGAGGUAUAGUGACCCCUUAUCAGUCAUCUCCCAUAGAGGGGUGUGGAGUAAACAUAGAGAACCAAAGAGCAAUUAAACCUGCAAUUACAUCAGAUGGAGGUGGAUGUAGCAGAUGAGAAGCGUCAUUGCACACGCUCAAAAGUACCCUUGGAGCCAGCAAUACAGGAGUUGUUCAGUGUGUAUGGCUGUCCUGUAGCCAAGAAGAGGAAACCCCUGGAGAGUCAUGCCCUGCAGCUGUCGCCCAAGAGAAAGGUCUUUCUAACCGUCGUAGAUCAGCAGUCCGUGGAGAAACGCUACAACAAAAUGGAGGAAAUGGAUGAAAAAGAGGAGGAAGAAGAAGAAGAGGAAAGAGAAGAAGAUGAGGAAGAGGAAGGGGAAGGGGAGGAGGAGUUCACAGACAAUGAGGACCAAUAUGAGAAUGAUGAGGUGGAAGUGAUUAAUGGAGAAGAGGAAGAGGUGGAAGAGGAAGACGAGGAAGUAGUGGACGAAGAUGAGGAGGAAGAUGAAUCAGAGAGAGAGGUAGCGGAGGAGGAAGAAGAGGAGGAAGUCGUGGAAGACGAGGAAGAAUACGAGGAGCCAAUUCAUGAAUUAGAGAGUUAUGAAACUAAUCGUGGUAAACCGAUCCCUGCCAUGGAGAAAGAUGACAACAACAAUGACGAAUAUGAAAACUACGAUGAACUGGUGGCCAAAUCUCUGCUGAACCUCGGUAAGAUUGCCGAAGAUGCUGCUUACCGGGCUAUGACUGAGUCAGAGAUGAACAGCAACUCCUCGAACAGUGCCGAAGAGGAAGACUAUGAAGAUGAAGACGACGAAGAAGAGGAUGAAGAUUAUUAUGAAGAGGAGGACGAAGAAGGUGGGGAGGGGUUGAGGAAGAGCGAACUGAGUCUAGACGUCAACAGUGAUGUAGUUCGAGAGACGGUGGACUCUCUUAAGCUCCUGGCGCAGGGUCACGGAGUUACGCUUAUAGAAAACCUCGACGGUAGGGACUAUCAGGACAGCGGAGAGGAGAACAACCGAAAUGGACUCACUGGAAACAUGAGACCCAACACUAAUGGUCAGAUGGCGGAUAAGAGCGAUGAGGAAGUUUGUCUGAGCAGUCUGGAGUGUCUUCGCAACCAGUGCUUCGACUUGGCGCGCAAGUUAAGCGAGACCAAGCCGACCGAUCGUCUCAACAACAGUCAUCAGAUUCAUCAGGAGGACCAACAACAGAACCCUGAGGAACGCCGCAUCCUAGAGCGCAACUACUCGGACAUGGUUAAUCUGAUGAAGCUUGAGGAGCAGCUCAGCCCUCGCUCCAAGACUUUCUCCAGCUGUGCCGAAGAGCACAAGAACUUUCAGGACUGCGAUGAAGACACCACGUCCAUAGCGUCGGACCGCUCGGAUGAAGGGUUUGACAUGACUAAGGGUAACUUGUCGCUUCUGGAGAAGGCCAUAGCGCUGGAAACCGAGCGGACCAAGGCCAUGCGGGAGAAGAUGGCCUCGGAGGCGGCCAGGAGACACAGACUGCAUUUACAUGAGGACGGCUUACGGCACAGCUGCGCGGAGGAACGCAAGGCUCGUCUGCACCAUGAUGGAUUAAAGAAGACCUUCUACCUUAAAGAUUCGUCAAGGUCAGGGAAGAAAGAAAGUCGGUGCCCAACGCCUGGCUGUGACGGCACGGGUCACGUGACUGGCUUGUACCCUCACCAUCGCAGCCUGUCUGGAUGCCCUCAUAAAGAUAGAGUCCCACCGGAGAUUCUUGCAAUGUAUGAAAAUGUUCUUAAGUGCCCCACGCCUGGCUGCACGGGCCGGGGUCACGUCAACAGCAACCGGAACUCUCACAGGAGCUUGUCAGGCUGCCCGAUAGCAGCUGCGGAGAAACUGGCCAAAGCCCAUGAGAAACACCAGACCUGUGACGGAACCAAAUCCAGCCAGGGUUCAGACCGGGUCCUCAGGCCCAUGUGUUUUGUAAAACAGUUGGAGAUUCCACAGUACGGUUAUAAGAAUAAUGUCCCUACGACAACUCCACGCUCUAAUCUGGCCAAAGAGCUGGAGAAAUACUCCAAAACCAACUUCGACUACAACAACUUUGACAACAAUAACGUCUUCAACAAACGGCACACGGCUGCACCCAAACUCCACGGGCGAGACAUGCUGCCUAAAAGUGAUGAUGUCAAGCGCUACUGCAAGAGCUCCAGCUCGGCGAGCAGCACCACCAGCAGCUACGGGCCCUGCAGCAGCGCCGGCAGUCUGUGCUGCGGAGGGGGAGGAGCCGGGGGUGGGGCCAGAGGCGGAGAGAGCAGCGCCAGCAGCACCUGCAGCAAGAGCAGUUUCGACUACACCCACGACAUGGAGGCGGCACACAUGGCAGCCACCGCCAUCCUCAACCUGUCCACCCGCUGCAGGGAGAUGCCACAGAGUCUGAGUGGCAAACCCCUGGAAAUCUGCACGCAGUCUGAUGAUCUGGAUCCCUUCCAUGACAUUUUAGAAGACAGUGCGUACACAUCAGAUGUCAAUAUUCCCAGUCCCAAGCUGAAAUUUCCACCUUGCAAAGAAAGCAAGAAGGAUCUGAUAACCCUUUCAGGUUGUCCUUUAGCAGAUAAAAGCAUUCGGAGUAUGAUGGCCACCAACUCACAAGAACUCAAGUGCUUGACCCCGGGCUGUGACGGCUCGGGACAUAUCACUGGCAACUACGCUUCACACAGAAGUUUGUCAGGAUGUCCACGGGCGCGAAAGAGCGGAAUAAAGAUACCACACAGCAAAGAGGACAAAGAAGACCAAGAGCCAAUCAGGUGUCCAGUGCCCGGCUGCGACGGCCAGGGACACAUAACAGGGAAAUACGCGUCACACCGCAGUGCGUCAGGCUGCCCUUUAGCAGCCAAACGACAGAAAGACGGAUAUAUCAGUGGCUCCCAGUUUACGUGGAAAGCUGGUAAAGCAGACGGGAUGUCGUGUCCCACUCCAGGAUGUGAUGGAUCCGGACAUGUCAGUGGCAGUUUCCUCACCCACAGAAGUCUCUCUGGUUGUCCACGAGCCACAGCGGCCAUGAAGAAAGCAAGACUGUCAAGAGUGGAGAUGCUCACAAUUAAACAGCAGUCAAGCAACGGUUUAGACAGUGAUACAGAUGUUAAACAGCUGGAAGAAGAUAUUACAGAUUUAAAUGAAUCGAAUUCACAGGUGGAGGCGGAUAUGAUCAAACUUAGAACACAGAUUACCACAAUGGAGUCGAAUAUGAAGUCCAUAGAGGAAGAAAACAAGAAAUCAUCACUUCACAAAGAUGCCAUUAGAAAUAACAGCUGUUUACAGCUGCAUCAGAGAGAGCCAAUGAGUGAAGAGAACUUUGAUGCGUAUGUCACCACAUUAACGGACAUGUACUCAAAUCAAGAGCAGUAUCAGUGCCCGGAGAACAAAGCCCUUCUGGAAAACAUCAAACAAGCAGUACAAGGCAUUCAAGUGUAGCUCCUCCGCUAAUGAACGGCGCUUUUCUAAACUGAAGGAAUACAGGGGACAAAAGACAUUUCCAGAAAAAAAAACAUGGGAUGCCUCAUGCUGUGUGUCAGUGUUAAAUGCAUAAGUCCUUGAGAAAAGUGUUAUUCUGACUAAACAUCGUUUUCUUUGGACCUUUCUUUUUGGCCUUGCUUAAAAAAAUACCGAUCGGCAGAAUAGUUUUUUGAAAAUAUUCUCAUUUUGUACGGUUUUCAUAUGGAUUUACGUAUUGUGAAGUGAAUCUUUCUUGCUGCUCAUUAAUGCACCUUUCAGUGUAUAUUUCUGAAAAGUAAUGCAACCAUUACUGAAUAUACAUUCUUUUUCAUGCUUGCUCAGAGAGGAUUGCAGACUGUAGUGAGAGGUGUGUGGUUUUUUGUUACUUUACGCUAUACUUAUAACAAAAUAUGAUGCUAAAUACAAAAUACAGCGAUUCUUAAUCCAGGUUCUAGGGACCCAGAGCGCUGAACAUUUAGGGCCAGUUUAGAUUACAAGCGACUUGUCACUGCAAGUCGCCAGCGGUUGGCGUUUAGGUCACUAGUGGGCGUUCCCACUAAUGGUGACGCUCACUGCAGGAGCUGAGAGAAGAAGAAUCAUGUUAGCAAUCAUCUUCACUCCUAUUGGUUGUCGCUCCCAAAAGUCGCUUUUAAUUUGCAUUAAGUUAAACAUUUCUCAAUUUUGUCGCUAGACUUGCCCCAUCCCGUUGCCAAUGGUUUCUACUGCUUGUAUCGCCGGAAGUUGCCAGCUCUCUAUUGAAAUGAAUGGGAUCAUGUCGCUUGUAGUCUGAACGGGGCAUUAGCAUUUUGUGACACCUCCAGGGUGUGAGCCAGGGCAGUAAACAGCCCUUAGUACUAGUCAGGAGUACAAAUGAAACCAUAAAUGACCACAAAGGGAUCAUGGGUUUGCUACAGUAACCGUAGUUUAACAUUGGUAUUAGUACAGCAGUAAAUCAUGGUUAUACAAAUGGUACAACACUAUAAACUUUUACUUAUUUACUUAAUUCUUCCAGUGCACUGAAACAUUCCCUUCCCUUAAAUUCCAAAAAUGUAGAGCAAGAAACAGGAAUCAUGCAUGAAAUUUGAGAGGUCAAACAUCAAGAAACAAUCAAAAGAAACAUACGAUUAAACACACAUAAUAAUCAUUUAAAAUGUAAAAUAUUUGUUUUGCCUGGUGGUAUAUAGAUUUUGAUUGGCUGUCAACAUUUUAUCAAUCAUCAACUGGAAAAACAUCAGAAUUUUGAUCAAAAGAGACUUUCAGAAUGUGCAGUGUUAUGGGUCCCCAAGAUCAGGAUUAAGAACCACUGCUACAUCAGUUUAACUUUAAGUUUAAGAGUCACCUGUGAGUAAACCAUUCGAAGGUUGAUUUGCCAUAUAUUUUUACAUUCAUUACAUUUACAAAACAUUGCUCUGUUUGUUUGAGCGGCCCAACCAGCCAGACGCAGCGAGGCUAAUGGUGAGAUCAUUCGGGAGAGCAUUUCAAUAAUCUGCUUGAAAAUUAUUGUCGCAUUACACACAUCACCUAACCAUUGCAAGAAUUCAAAGAAGUAGCUAUUUUAUAAAAACAAUGUUUUCUGCUCCUUGAAAAAAUAAUGUGUUUUUAUUAACAGCAUUAAAUGUAACAAAAAAUGUUAUGAAGAGCAAUGAUCAUGGACUCCCUAUAGAAGUGUUUAAUGGGCUAGUUGCACGAGAUAGGGCCGGUGAGCUUUUGCGACGCCUGGGUCGGCAAACUGAUUGAGUGGCUCAGAGACGACGUAUUGUUGUAGGCUAACCCGGAAAUAAGUGCUACGCUGGUUCCCUCGACCGAGAGCCUAUUUAUUUUUCCCAUAGACUUUAGGAAGAUCUCAAAGAAUAAGUUCUGUGAUUAACAAAGGUUUAUGAUGUUUACAAGUUUUGACUAUCAAGAUAAUCUUUACAAAUUAACCCAAAAUGUGUUGCUUUUGAAGCCGAAAUACAAUCGACAAAAGUAAAAAGCCAACAUCAUGCUAUAAACAGACUACACUUAAGGUCGCUCGAUAUCGACGUCACCACCAACAAGCCUCCGACAACUUCAAACUUUAUUCCGUGAAUGAAUCCACAUCUUCUUUUUCAAGAGAUUUGUGCCAAUGUUGCAUUAUUUGUGAGCUUUAUAUGACGUCUAACGUCCCCGCCACAGAAAGUAGUCGCUUAUAGCAACAUGUUAUCAACAGCCGUUUUUAAGACUCGAUAGGGCUUUACAAAUCACAAACCGGUUAUAAUUGGUGUGUUUUAUGUCAUAAAAUAAAACUAAAAAUUAAAAUAUUAAGACGCUUUCUCGCUUCCGGGUUUUGCAUACAAAAUACUUCAUGUCUUUUGGCUCAGCAAUGUAAAGAGGAUCUGUCAUAUCGCUUAUAUAUUACUUCCUUCAUUUUUAUGUAAAAAACACCCAUAUUUGCCUGCCAAAAUCCACAUUUUCCCAUACAGUGUUAUACUACCAGUCUGCCGAUUCUUGCGUCCCAAAAGAUUGCGCAAAGAGUCAAUUUUAAACAUCACAGAGAAGGACAUUCAACAGUGUAAAUCCUGUUUCUAACAAUCAAGAAAAUGUUUGUUUAUUUGACGGAAAAGCAUUGUCAUUGAAUCUGCAUUAAUGUAAUGGCAAUAGCUCUCUUAAUCACUCUAUACAUUACCUUCAAAUGCAGUUUUAUUUGGUACCUGCUUAACAGUAAUCAGAAUCAGUCUCAGCAAUAUAUGACUCAACCAUGUGUGUAAAAAAAGAGAUGCACUCUACGUGGUGGACAGCAGUUUGGGUAUAUGCAAUUUCGUGUUUGUAAACAGUGGAAGCUACAGAAACUUUUUACUCUAUGUAAAUGAUUGAUUUUUAUAGAAAUCUUUUAAUACAAAUGUUUUAAAAGAAAGAAAACACAGACUUUAAGUUGAGAGAGUUUCAUUGUGUUCCGUAUAGCGCUGCACAGGGACGCUUAUGGUGUUUGUAUGGAAACAGAAGGGAUCUGUUAAGAAUAUAAAGACAAUGACAGCAGGACCUACAGGGUUUUUGUCCCCCACUUUUGUGCCAGAAGACAAUUUGCACUUGUCCGAGAGAUUUAUCCAACCUUUGCUUGAUGUGCAAUCUUCAGGUGUCUCUUUGGCACACGUUUCGAAGCGUAAUGACGGACGUUCAGCAGUUUCAGGAGAGAUUACAGGGAUUUGACAGGACAAUAUCUUUCGUGUGAAUUUUUAAAAUAUGAUGCUAGUUCAUUUUAGUAUGCUCUAUAUCAUAACAAAAUAAUCCCCAGCAGCACUUUAUGUCUAAUCACUGUACAGUCAUGUAAGAGUAGUCAAUCAAAAAUAAAGAGUUUAAGUGAAUGCGGAAAAAUCUCCCGAUAAGUCUGAAGAAGGGUUUGGGGUUGUUGCCGAAAUACGCGCCCCUGACUUCCAUUGUACUAAUAACUGUAGAAACUUUGUGAAUACCUUAUUGAGAGCUAAUGCGAAGGUGCUUGACUUUCACCGGAUCUAAUCUGUCCUUUAUAGGGCCCCAUUAUUCAUGACUGCACAGAAUCGCUCAGAACCGCUUUUUGCCGAUAUAGUUAUGCUUUCAAAGAAGAAUUAGAUAGUAUCGGUUUCUAAUAAAUGGUCAUCAUCUAAGUCAUGGAAACGGAAAUUGAAGCACAAAUAUUCAGCAUAUUUACUGUUGGUGCAUAAUAUUGUUUUUAAAAAUGUAUAUCUGUGACGAAUUACCCAAGGUAACAAAAGAUGUCACGUGUUAUAAUGCCGAAUUUUCAUAUAAAUUAUUGUAAAUUCAUGAGUUCAUCUGAAAUUCUUCAUUUCGAGUGAACUGUUUAAUCAUCAAUGAAGAGAAGAUUUUGUAUGAACUAUCGUGCUCGGUGUGGAACUGGAGUUUGAUUUAUUUUUGUACGACACAGCAUGAAUUUGUUGACAUUUUGAUUUUACUAUAAACGUGUGAGAUCACAAGUUGCUGUGAUUUUGUCAUUUUUA